GGGACAGGGGCAUGGACAGAGAGAGGGAGUGGGACAUGGACAGGGCGAGGGAGCGGGACAGGGCGCCGCUGCUGCUCGCACUGGACGGUCCGAUGAAGGCGAGGGCUGCGAGCCCCGGCUCCCCCCCGUCGCCCAGCCCGGCAACGCGGCGCCUCUCCGGCCACGGCAUCCCCUUCCACAUCCAGAUCGGUCUGAGCCGGGAACCCGUCGUCCUCGACUGCAGCGACUUCUCCCUCGCACAUGUCCGCGAAAUGGCUUGCUCCAUCGUGGACCAGAAGUUUCCUGAAUGUGGGUUCUACGGGAUGUAUGAUAAGAUCCUCUUGUUCCGUCAUGAACCUAACUCGGAGAACAUCCUCCAGCUGGUGAAGGCUGCUACUGAUAUUCAGGAAGGAGAUUUGAUUGAAGUUGUCCUCUCAGCUGCCGCCACGUUUGAAGACGUCCAGAUUAGGCCACAUGCGUUGUUUGUCCAUUCCUACCGAGCUCCAGCGUUCUGUGAUCACUGUGGGGAGAUGCUGUGGGGAUUAGUGCGACAAGGGCUCAAAUGUGAAGGAUGCGGGCUCAGCUACCACAAGAGAUGUGCGUUCAAAAUCCCCAACAACUGCAGUGGCGUGCGCAAAAGACGCCUUUCCAAUGUCUCACUAACGGGUUUGACCGCUACACGGUCCGUCUCCAAUGAUCUGUCGCUGAGCGCACCAGAUGAAAUGUCACUGCAGAAGACGCCAUCUGAGUCUUUCACUGGAAGAGAGAAACGCUCAAACUCACAACCAUACGUUGGCCGUCCCAUUAAGCUGGAUAAGAUUUACCUUUCCAAGGUUAAAGUGCCUCACACAUUUGUAAUCCAUUCCUACGCUCGUCCCACAGUUUGCCAGUAUUGCAAGAAGCUUUUGAAAGGACUCUUUAGACAGGGAGUGCAGUGUAAAGAUUGCAAGUUCAACUGUCACAAGCGAUGCGCCACUAAGGUGCCAAAUAAUUGCCUGGGUGAAGUUAACACCGGUAAUGGCGAUCAGCUUAGUCCUGGCGCGGAGACCGAUGUGGUAAUGGAAGAAGGAAGCGAUGACAACGACAGUGAAAGAAACAGUGCGAUUAUGGACGAUAUGGACGAGUGCAUAGCGCACGAUUCUGAAAUACCGGUGAGCCACGGUGACGCCCGUGAUAUGCAAGACCAUGAAUACGAUGACACAAACCGCGCCAUCAGUCCUUCUACAAGUAACAACAUUCCUUUAAUGCGGGUGGUACAGUCGGUGAAGCACACAAAGAGGAGGAGCAGCACUGUACUGAAGGAGGGUUGGAUGGUUCACUUUACCAGCAAGGACACUCUGAGAAAAAGGCACUAUUGGAGACUAGACAGCAAAUGUAUCACCCUCUUUCAGAAUGAUACAGGAAGCAAAUAUUACAAGGAAAUUCCGCUAUCUGAGAUUUUAUCUUUGGAGACUGGGAAGAAUUUCAAUUUACUACCGGCUGGAGCUAAUGCUCAUUGCUUCGAAAUUACCACGGCAAGUGUGGUCUACUUUGUUGGUGAAAAUCUCACCAAUUAUUUAGCUACACAAAAAAGUAACAGCGUUCUCUCAGGUGGCACUGGGUUGGAUGUUGCCCAGACAUGGGAGGUAGCUAUCCACCAUGCCUUGAUGCCAGUUAUUCCAAAGGGUUCAUCUGUGGGAUCUGUGCACAGCCUACACAGAGAUGUGUCUAUCAGUAUCUCCGUUUCAAACAGCCAGAUCCAGGAGAAUGUGGAUAUCAGUACAGUCUAUCAAAUAUUUCCAGAUGAAGUACUGGGCUCAGGACAGUUUGGAAUAGUAUAUGGAGGUAAGCAUCGCAAGACAGGCAGAGACGUUGCCAUCAAAGUGAUUGACAAACUACGCUUUCCGACAAAGCAAGAAAGUCAGCUACGGAAUGAAGUUGCCAUUUUGCAGAACCUGCAUCACCCUGGUGUGGUGAACUUGGAUUGCAUGUUUGAGACUCCCGAAAGAGUGUUCGUUAUCAUGGAGAAGCUCCACGGAGACAUGUUGGAGAUGAUCUUGUCUAGUGAGAAGGGACGUUUGCCAGAACAUAUAACAAAAUUUCUCAUUACGCAGAUACUCGUUGCUUUGCGACAUCUUCAUUUUAAGAACAUAGUCCACUGUGACCUGAAACCUGAGAAUGUCCUGUUAGCAUCUGCUGAUCCUUUGCCACAGGUCAAGCUUUGCGACUUUGGAUUUGCACGGAUAAUCGGGGAAAAGUCUUUCAGACGUUCUGUGGUGGGAACACCAGCAUAUUUGGCUCCGGAGGUACUUCGGAACAAAGGAUAUAAUCGAUCAUUAGAUAUGUGGUCGGUAGGAGUUAUCGUCUAUGUCAGUCUUAGUGGCACCUUUCCAUUCAAUGAAGAUGAAGAUAUUCACGAUCAAAUUCAGAAUGCAGAUUUCAUGUACCCCCCUAAUCCCUGGAAGGAGAUCUCAGUGGAUGCUAUUGAUAUCAUCAACAACUUAUUGCAAGUAAAAAUGAGAAAGCGUUUCAGUGUGGACAAGUCUCUAAGCCACCCUUGGUUGCAGGACUACCAAACGUGGCUGAAUCUACGAGAGCUGGAGGGUAAACGUGGAGAGCGCUACAUCACUCACGAGAGUGACGACUCACGCUGGGAAGAGUUUGCUGGGGAGCACGGCUUGGAGUAUCCGAUGCAUUUGGUCAAUCAUAACUCUGACUGCAGUGAGAGCAGAGAGAAGGAGGAGGCAGAAAUGAGAGCACUGAACGAGGGUGUCAGUAUUCUCUGAACAGAUACAAUACAGAUCCACCGAUUUUCCGGCAACUGGUGGUCCGGCAUCUCCUAUAAUCCGGACAAAACUAUGUGAGUGCACUUGAAACUCCCCACCCACCCCACCCUUGGAAGUUCCUGCCGAAAAUUCCUUUCUGGUACCAUUGGACUCCUCUCAGAGGCCGUGAUCUCUGGUUUUCCAGCAAAACGGAUAAUCCAGAAAGGCUCUGGAACCAAAGGUGCCGGAAAAUCAGUGGUGGAACUGUAUAUGAAUGAACAAUUUUUACAAAAACACACAGAGGGAAAAGAUGAACGGACUUAUCAAAUGACUGCAACUUCUGCCACGACCACAAUGAGGGAAGUGGGGUGGGAGGGAAGGGGAGAUAAUGUCUGAAGAAGGGUCUCGACCCGAAACGUCACCCAUUCCUUCUCUCCAGAGAUGCUGCCUGUCCCACUGAGUUACUCCAGCUUUUGGUGUCUGUCUUCGGGAGAUAAUGAUGGCUCUCUACCAAUAAAUGCAAGUUUAAAAAGCAAUUGCCAUUCUAAUCCCAAAUGCUAGCACUGAUAAGCAUUGUGACCUGGAGACUUUAAGAAAACGACAAGUUCACUUAUUGCAUUUCAUGCAACAUUAUGCAUCUAUUUUUCUGUGCGUGUAACUAUGUUCUUGUACCUCCUGUGCGAAUGGAGCACUGAGUAUAUAAUUGCAAAGUUAUUAAUUUGUAUCUUUCUCAUUCUGUCGUUUCCAGUGUGCCUUUGCUGGUGAGGAUUCCCAUAAAUCUAUAACGCUCCCCCAUAGCGGGGUGCAACCCUUUGUAAAUUUUGCUUUAUUACAUAUUUUUAACCUCUUUCAGUACUUAGCUGUAUGGCAACUCUUGGAAGAGUAUAAGAUGAUUGCUGUUCUGUGAACAAUUUUUGACCUGUUAUAAAGAACAAAAGGAUUUUUUUUUAAAUAUACAUGACUUUUUGGUUUAAUCAUGCCUAAAAAGUAUAACUUAAGCUGUAAGAAACAGUAACAAGGGAACAAAACUCACGAUGAGUAGUCACAGAACACUCAUGUACAAAUGCAAGAUAGUCUUGUAAGCUCUAAUGCCUUAGUUGUGGCAUUUAUUACAGGACAGGUCAGAUUGAAUUCACUUUUAUGUCAUCGCAUUUUAACUAAAUAUCGCUUGAUACUUUGUGGAUGCUGUCUAAAGUUUGAAUAAAAUUGAAGUUGAUGUCAAAA